CGGCGAAGGAGGAAUAAUCAAGAACAUGUGGUAAAAAGGAAUUACCUUCUGUACUUGAGAUCCAUGGCCGAUUGCUGGCGCUGUUCGUUGUUGGUGACUCGGCUGUAUGCGCGCCAGGCCACGAAGCAUUUGCGCUGUAAACAGAUUACACAACAGCGUGACGGUGACAGUGUGAUUAUUACAGAUGACACAAUACGUGCCAAUGCUUGGGUUCAGCUAAGCAAGCUGGGUCUGUAAAUCACUCACUGGCUGCGGUCCUCGACCCCAGCUGACCAAUAGCAAUUGAAAAUUGUCCGAUUCCGCUACCGGAUCAACUCCGCCUCGCACUCGCGAUCGACAGCGCCGCCAUGUCAUUCAAGAUGAGUUUAGAGCUCACAAAGUGCAGCUGCAAGCGUCUGGCUUGAACACGGAAACAACCAGCGCAUCAGAGAAGUACAUCGCACAGCUGCUGGAGGAGAGCAUGAUGGACGAGGAUGGUACAGGCGAGUUCCUAGGGGUGCCGGCACCCCUGGCUGCCGCUCAGACCCCGUCCAGUGCCAUGUUCGGCAUGUCGUCGCUCUCUAGUGUUGCUCCCAUGCGUACUCCACUGCCUCCUGGCCCCACAGACUACUCGCAAUUUCUCAAAGCCAGUGAAAAACUUCUUGCCAGCGCAGCCCUGGAAGAAGAAGAGGAAGAGCAGAGGCAGGCAGCGGCGGCACCGGAGAAGCUACAGGAGUGCCUUGCGCAGCAGCGUGAGGCUAACAAGCGGGCCUACUCUUCCAGUGCUCCGAAGCCGUCCGCCAAGAACAAGACCAAGGCGGUACAGCCCAAGCAGAAGAGCAAGAAACAGCUCGUCGCAGAGCAGCGGAAGCGAGAAAGAGAGGUUGCAUUGCAGAUUGAGAAAAGCAAGGAGCUAGCUGCUGCCAAGAAACUUGUCUCUCCAGCCCAAACAACAUCUUGCUCAGAGCUGACAUCAAAUGGGCGUUCCACUGCAGAGGCAGAGCAACUAGCACAGACCACCGUCACCGCCAGUGAUGACCUGCCUAAAGGUGCGUCGGAACAGAAAACUAAUGAUGCCGCGGCAGUUCCACAGUCGUCAUUGAGCAGUAACGUUAACAAUAGCACCUCAGCGUCACCCACAGCAGAUACUAACACCUCGACCAGAGUCUGUGGGGAUGGGGCGUCCACACGCCAUGAACCAUGCCUGUCACCGUCCACCAGCAUCUCCAAUCAGGAGCUGGAAGACUAUCGAGGCCAAUCCAGCAUAGACAGCCUCGAUGCAGCUUCGCAACCUGCAGAUCAUAAUACUUUAGCUACCUCUGCUGUGAAGGCUGCCGGUGGCAGUGUUCGAACUGAAGCUCUUCCAGAAACUCAGAAAACCAAGGCAAAGCACAAAGGAGACGGCACGAGUGCUUCGCCGCAGCCGUUGUCUCGCAAGGCCAAGCGGCAGCUGAAGAAGGAGCAGCGUCGCGAUCAGAACGUGGAGCUGCAGCAGCGCAAGCGCCAACCUCAGCCCAAGGACUUGCCGAGCGUGUGCGAUGGCGCUGAUGAUGGUGAGCGUAGUGUGGAGCAUGGCGACGUAAGCAUAGUGAAUGCAGUGCACGAGCAGCCGUCCCCGUGUGAUGCUGCCCUGUCUGAUUGCCUGUCGUCUUCGACUUGUGUCGAGGAAGCUGGCUAUGAGCUACAGGAAACCUCCGACACUGUACACAGUAGCCGUGAACCUUCAGCAUCCCUCACUGCUGUAUCUUAUGAUAGAUGCGGUAGUCCGCUGGACAAUGCGGAUGCUGUGGCUUUGCACGCUCGCAGCACUGUAGAGAACACGGCCGGAUCUGUAAAUGGUGGUACCGUGGUCUUCGCUGCUUCGGGCACCCCCCAAUCAUGUCUCGUCGGGAACAACGAUAGUAGUUCGUACGGUAACAACGCACGAGACGGCUUGGUGCAGCUGGCGGUGCAGUUUGCAUUGCCCGAAGCACCGUUGCACCGCGGUGGCAAUGCUAUCAACACACAGUGUGGCAGCACCGACGAUGUGGAUGCAGGUGCCAUCGAGGAGGAUGGCGAAGACGAGGGAGACGACGAUUGUGAUGAUGAGGUCUUGUCGAGCGACACCGGCUGCCAGGCAUCAGGCGCUGGUGCCCUGUCGUAUGACAGGGCAUCGCGUAAGUGUCGCGUUGAUGGCGUUGCCAAACCAUUCCUCACCGACGAGUCCUCGUCCUCGGACAGCUGCCAUUCGUCGUUCGCGGACACGCAUCACCAUGUCAAGUACCAGCCUCAGGAUCCAUUGUUCAGACAGCCUCGCUCCAGCCACCCUCCGUCCGCUGUUGGGACUGGAAUACCUGUGUCCGCUUCUACUGCACGCCAGAACGGUUCCAGCGCCGUUGUUCGUUCCGCUCCGGACUAUCAGUUCAGCCGAGGUACUUCCAGCACCAAGGCGCAUACGGUUCUCAGCAAUCAAGAGCAGUUCCGCAGCGACUUACCGCCUCGAUUCCAGCAGCUCGCCCACCCGCAGCAGCAGUCACUACCAUCUAGACUGCCGGCGUCAUUGCACGACGCAGAUCAACUUGAUCGCUCAUCCUCUCCAUCCGUGGCAUCCAUCCUGUUGCUGUCGUCUUCGUGCCGCGCUCAAUCGCCGUAUAACUCCAGCGAGGAGUCGCUCAGUCGCAACGAGCUGGCCUCCGAUGGCACCUGUAGCAGCGCUGCCAGUGCUUCAACAUCGGCAACGACACGAGCUGGCACGCUGUCGGCCGCAUGCUCCGCAGCACUGCCCCUGGGAAGCGGUCGCGUGAGCAAACCCUCCGAUCCCAUUGACAUCAACAUGCACAGCAGCAACAGCAGUGGCAAACCGUCACGGGUGCAGCGCAAGCGUAAGAAAUCCCGCAAGACCAAGUCUGUGUCCGCGCCUGGUGCCAUUGCUGGCUGCGGUGUAGGGAUGCCGGAGAAGAAUGACAACGUCGACGGAGACGAUACGGACGCUUCGUCGUCUGCGUGCAGCUCUCAGCCAUCGUGCACGCCCUCGUCACAGCUCCUUGCCUUGCACUCCGGCGACAGUGGCUUCCAAAGCGAAGGCUGGCGUGGCCUGCCUGCAUCGUCAGUAACCGCUUCUGGCACCACGUCAACCGCUGCGUCGCAUUCCAGCACACCCUACAGCGCAGUGCGACCGUAUGCUGACACUCUCAUCCCCUGGGAUCAGCCAGUGCUGGCGACGGCGUCAUGUCAACAGUCCACCGUGAAAAGCAUUGGCAUGCCAACUGCGGCUGUGUUCGUUGCCAAUAGCAGCUGUAGCGCCGUGGGUGUCGACGCAGCAGUGCUUCAGCCGUGUAGCCUUCUGCAACGGCCAUUGUCUGGCCAGUUUGUGCAAGCCAGUGUGGACUGCGGCAGUGCAGCAGCGCCGAUAUCAUCGUCCUCCUCAUCCACCGACAUCACGCCCACGCUGGACAGAAUGCCCGAUGCGAUACCCAACGCACCGGCAGCAUCAACAUCACAGGCUCCUCUCCGGUGUCCUUCCCCGCUCCUACAGCCCGGCGUGUUCUACUGCGAGAGGUUGGCGAGAUCGUUUGAGCGUCGCGAUCUGGUGCGCGUCCUGCACUUUGACUACGUUGUCCGAGAACUCCGCUCGCGUCACGAAGCAUUGAUGUGCCAGGCGCAGCGCCUGUCCGAUGAAACAUCUCGUGCUGAAGCUGUGGCAGAGACACUAACGUGUCGCGAUGGACUUGACGCUACUUCUUCGAUCGCAGGCCUUGCUACUGAUGGCUUCGCGUCGAACAAUACCAGCGUAACGAGCCAUGAUCUGCCUUCAAAGGCUGAUACUCUUCAGAAAAUGCUGCGGUCUGCAGUCACUGCCCAACUUCAAGUCGACAAUGUGCAGGCUGAACUGGUGACAACUGCGCGCCUCCUUGGACUCAGUCCGGACGGGGCGGUGUGUGUUGCCCGUGAGUUUGAGCACAGCGCCUCUGGAGAUGCACGGUCUCAGCAGCAGCUGCACUCCAUAGUAGAUGGUGUGUAUGAGGAGAGGCCAGCCCCAUCUAACUCACAGUGUCCAGUUCAUGCCCAGCCUGGUGUGAACGUAGCAGCGCAGCCAUCGGUGGUGCUUCCUGCUCCAGGCGCCAAUCCGGUGAUGACCUUUGGCUCUACCUGGACUGAGUUGAACAAACCCGUAGCAGCGACUCGAGAGUCAUCAUCGUCAUCAACAACAAGUGCGUUUGAUUCUGCGCGCGAUUACACCGUGCACGACCUGCACCUCGUCGAGUCUCUUGUGAGUUCUCCGCCACAGCAGCCACCGCCAUCUGCAGCCAGCACCACGGCUGCUGCUGCUGGCACUAUGCCACUCGCCUCCGACAACGCUGGUUUAGGUGCAUCGCCGUCGCAUCAGUAUAGCACCGUUGGAGAGCGAGAUGGUGUCCGCGCCUCGUCGAGGCCUCCACCCGGAUUCCCGCCCCGCUGCCCGUCAGCCGAUUCUGCACUGCCGCCGCCCCUGGUGAAAGGCAAUACCCAGGUACAGGCAGCUUCAACGAAGGAAAGAGGAGCCAUGCUACGCGAAGCCAACGACUACACGUUCAGCGCGUUUCCAUCUCUGUGGGACUUGUCCGGUCAGUCAAUCUGGAAGGUGGACACCGUGGAGCAGUCGGCCAUUGCUAGAUCGACUUCGCCGGGUCUUCUACAUGCACCGGCACCAGUGGAUGCGACUCCUCCAGCUGCCGCCACUGCGAGCGACAAUGUCAACACGACUCGGUCCAUGAAGCAGAUCUGGUCCACGACGGGUGGUGAGGCGAUGGCCGUAUCCUCCUCGCCCAGUCUCGGAUUGUCGCGUCUGUCCGCGAGUGCAAAGACCUUCGUCAGCUCGCGCUCUCCCAGCCACACCAUGGCCAGUGCGGGCACUGGAGAUGUGGUAGCUGACGACCUGAUGGCUGCACAGUCCGCCGACGCGUCUCCUCAGUGGCUACUCAUACGCAAUGUGCCCUCGGACAUGGACGAGGGCAGCGUACGCCUGCUCUGCCAGCGACACGGCCACAUUCACAAGUACGUCACGGACAAGCGCCAGCGCACCAUCUGCAUACAGUUCGAGUCCGCCAGGAAUGCGCGCAUGGCGUGCGCCAGCAUCCACCACGAGAUUGUGCGCGACGAGGAGGGCAGAGAGACGCCGCUCGAAGCUUUUCUGCUCCAUCAGCCGCCACUGCAGCAGCAGGCAGCACAGACUGGUCAUCCUGCACACGCUGGUCACUACUACUCACAACUGCAGCAGCAGCAGCAGACAAGGUUUCCCGUCAGUCACGCUCCACAAUGGCUACUACCUGCACCGUACGAUCACUCCGUGCGCUCGCAGCAUCUGCACUACGACCAGAGGCGUGCAGCGGACGAGAGCGUGCCCACAGCGUCAUCGCUCAGACAGGCUGAGCACGCACCUGCGGGCCCACUGCAUCCACAGCAAGCCAUCGCAGCGGCGGUGGGAGCACAGGAGCUGGGGCCGUUCAGCAACAUGCCUAAUCCUGUUUGGGCACCGGGUGUGGAGGACAAUGGUGGAGAGUCUCAGCAGCGGCUGCAGUAUGUCAGCAGUAACCAGUCGUAUGGCGAUAGUGACGACAUUGCUCAGCGUCUACUGCCGGCCGGUGUUCAUGUGAACCAGCAUGGCAAUGUACCGCUGCUGCCACAGCCAGCAGUAGCGGGAAAUGUACAUGUGCCAGGGUCCUACUCCAACACACCAGUACAGUGCAGACACGACCAGCUGGUGGACACGACGUUUGCGGGCGAUGGCACGGCGGCAAACGGUCACCUUGGCCAGUUCCAUCCAGCUGGAUCGGCCGUGUCAGCUCAACCGCGCCGCUACCACCCGUACCAGGAAGCGGCAACAGCGCGCGAUGGCGUCAUGGCUGCUAUGCAACAGCAGCAGCAGGACAGCUAUGACUCGUUGUUUCCGUCUCUGGCCGAUGCACAUGAACUGCAAGCCGGUGGCAAACGGCACCAGCAGCAGCAGCAGCCGACACUGGGCUUGCAUCAUGCUGACUCUGCGCCUGUCGGUGAUUUCCCGUUGCAGCAUGCACCUCACCAACAGCAGCAGUAUGCAGUCAGUGGAUAUGGAGGAUAUCAGCGACAGCAGCAGCAACAGCAACUUCAUCAUGCUCGUGCACAUGGGAAGAAACAACAGCUAGGGCAUGCAGAGCAACACCCACAGCAGCAGCAACAGCAAACGGGCCGCCGCUCCGCCAAGAACAAGCAGGACGUUGGCGCACAUGCUGCUGCUAGUGUUGAUACUUGCGAUGGCAAUGACGGCGCUGCCGCUACGACACGUUCACGUAGCAACAAGCAGGCGGCCGUCAAGAGAAGGCACCACCGCAACGAGUCUCCCAUGGCCACCAGCAGUGAGAGUAACAGCUCUGGUGCUGCCGCGGCUGCUGCCAAUCCACGGGGACGUGUGGUGCAAGUGCUCACCAAACCUAGUAGUAGACCUCAAGGUACUGCUGCCGCUGCAGCUUCUGGCGUGGCCGGUGACCAAUUCGACGUGCCACCAGCGUGUUCGCCUGCCGGCUCUGCCCUGGGCGGUUGUGGUAGUACAGGCUCUAGUGGACCAUCAAGUCGGCCAUCCUCCUCUAGCAGCAAAGCCCCGGCGGCGGCGACGACAGCACACAGCAAUGCUGCUACUGGCAAGGCGAGAAGCAAGAAAAGUCGCCGGAAAGGCAAGAACGAGACGCGCGAUGCGUAGACGCGUUGUGCUGAAUGCCUGCCUGCUGCGCUCAUAGCUCACCCCGGACUACUGACAGCAAUGGAGACCGUUGAUGGAUGCGUAACGCGCAUCUCUCCGGUUUGAAACAUUCCUCUGGUACGCGACCGGUACCAGCAUGACUAUCGGGCCAUGUACCAGUGUGGGCGAAAACCCAGAUUACCAAAUUGGCCUGGUCGGCACCAUACAGGUGUCCUUGAAAACUUGCUCCAGGCUGACUGGUUCAUCACUCUAUCACUCUAUAUACUGCACGCACUACUGCUUGUGCCCACCCAUGCACCAUAUAGUCCUCUAUGAUAACCACGGCGCCCUGUGCACGCCACACAGAUCACGAUGUCAUUUCUCUAUCGAUGAUGUCAUCAGAGCACGACUCACGAUGAUGUCAUCGUAAUAUGAUGAAGCGUGUGGAACAUUAUUCGUGUUUAUGUUUGCCUCGUGCAACACGCCUUUCUUUACUCAGCUGUAGGGCAGCUCCCUAAACCAGCCGUUAUCACCAACGACCCAGUUGUCAGUGUGUGUACCUUGCUCAUAGUGCUUGGUCAACAACUAGUCUUGUCGUUGUUGUUUUCUGCUUGUUACAGUUGUCUCGUGGCCUUGCCUGGUCCCGGUCCAGUUCUCUCUGAUAUGUAGCGUCCGUGCAGCGCGCGCUCUUCACACGCACACUGUUCCGCACAAGUCCCGAGCGUCCGUCCGUGCGUGCGCGUGCACAUGGUUUUGUUUGUGAUAUUGCUUUUACUCCGCGUCUUGUUUAUGUUUUUGGUAGCCUUUCGCCCAAACCGCUGGUGAUGACUUGUCAAGUCACCCAUAUUCAAACACAGCAGCUAUGUGUUGUUUGUCACUACUGGUGUUCAUUAUGUUUUUAGCUUUCGUGCUUACAACAGUCCGUCUACUCUGA